AUGUCUCCUCUACUUCCUCACGUUUGUAGUUGCGUUCUCCUUCUUCCCAAAUCGACUUCUUUGAAACCCUAAGUCUUUCAUGGUGGACGCAAAUCGCGAUCUGCUCCGCUUGCGAGUUGGAGCACCAUCCCCAUGGUGAUUUUGGAGCUCGGCGCCCAUUGCAAGUGGAAGCUCUCAUCUUCGUCAAACGCGGGUACGUGCAAAAACUCGUUCCGUGGGAGCCUCGACGGCGGAUCAAGCGGCGUCGACGAUGGAGACGGCCACUAUCUCUAAGCCUCUCUCCUCCUCGUCGCAGGUUUUGCUGGUUUGAGCUUUAUUAUGCUUUGUUAAUAUGGCGACAAGAAGAAUGAGGGCAUCAAAAUCUAAAUCAAGUGGUGUAACUCUUAAUGAGGUCGAGUCGGAGCCAACCUGCUAUUGUGGUCUUCAAUCACCACUUCUUACUGCAAAGACAAGGAAAAACGCAGGAAGAAGGUUUUAUGGAUGUGCUAAGUUUGAUAGUCCUGGUUGCUGCGAUUUCUUCAUGUGGGUUGACCCGAAGAUACCGGAUCGAGCGAGGGACAUGAUAGUCGACCUCCUUGAAAGAAAUCAAGCACUAUGCGAAUCAAGCCAAUCGAGGUGCGACGAGGUUGAUGUGAGCUCACUGAUAGCUGAAAUGAAGACGCAAAGGGCAAAACAUAGACGUUUAAAAGAGGAGCUCGCACGAGUAAAGCAAGAAAAGAUGCUAUAUCAAUUGUUAUUUGUUUUAUGCAUGUGUUGUAUCAUUAUAUUGGUUAUAUGUAACGUGAAAGUUAGUGGGAAGUUUCUAAGUCUUCCAUAG